AAACAGUUUGAAACUUUGUACUAACAAAUAUAAAUACCGACAUUUUCUCUCGACGUCACCUUCGUGUUCACUGCCCAAACUUUGCAAAAAUUACAAUUGCACUGUAAAUUGUUGUCGGAAGAUCAGCCUUUUAACGCAAAUUAAUACGUGAAUCAAAAUCCAUCCCUCCAUUCUAUAGCUCAACCGUAAAGGGAAAUCCAUUCCAUUCUCCUUCCUUCAAUUCGACUCUCGAUUUCUCUCAUUUCUUAGGAAAUAAAACCACCAUCUUUGAAGCCCCUUCUUGUUUCUCUUCUUCACUAAUUAUUUAUUCAUGGACUCCGAUUUCUGGACGAUGCGCCUCGCCGCCGCCAAGAGGCAGUUCAAUAAUCAUCACUCUCAAUUGGAUCGGUUUAACAUCGAAGAUUUUGACGGUGAGGAAGAGGCCCGACCCGACUACCUGUGCCCGUAUUGUUAUGAAGAGUUGGAUAUAGCAUCCCUUUGCUCACAUCUGGAGGCUGAGCAUUCGUAUGAGUCCAAAUCCGCCGUUUGUCCUGUUUGUUCAGUUAAAGUUGCUGGUGACAUGAUAAGCCAUCUCACACUGCAACAUGGACACUUGUUCAAGAUGCAGCGUCGUGGCCGAUUGCGUAAAGUUCCCUUUCCCAAUAGUCAAGCCCUCUCCCAACUGGGGAGGGAUCUCAGAGAGGCCCAUUUACAGGUGCUUCUAGGAGGCAGUGGAUUUCGGUCGACCAGUGCAGCUUCAUCUACUGCCGUGAAUGAUAAUCUUCUCUGCUCUCUUGUUUUGAACUUCCCUACAUCUGAAAAUGAUGAUAUUUCAAAAUCUUUGAUGUCGAGUUUAGAGGAAAAUUCUGCCAAAAAUGUGGCACCUCAGCAUAUGUGGAAAUCAAGUUUUCAGUCUUGCUUGAGUAGUGAAGAGCGGGAACAGAGAAUGAGCCAGGCAGCUGGAAGAGCUGUUUUCGUGCAGGAUCUGCUCGCGUCGACUCUAUUAGCCGAUCACUGAAUGUGGUAAGCUUUUCGGCCACCCAAAGAGCGUCUCGACAGCUGUGACAAACGUAUUAUAUCUUGGCUAGUAUGAUUUUGACAAGAAUAAUUUGGUGUGAGCUGAAACUGAGCUGUGCUUCCCUAAAAACGUCUCACUGCUUAAGAUAUGAAUAUUUCUUGCUAGUGAAGAGGGAUGUGAGGAAAUUAAUUUGAACUAGUGUACAUUAAUCUGGGCAAGGAAUGAUUCAAUUCACAGAUUUUAAUUUGAUUGUAACUUGUAAAAGUUUGUUCCUUCAGAAAGAAAAAGAAAACUUGAAACAGAUUAGAAAUGCAUAUUCAGUCUCUCUCUCUCUCGGCCUUUUUUUUUUUUUUCUUGGCGUCAUUAUUUUCCAUUGCAGAAGCAUAUCAUUACGACAGAUUGUUGUGUCCCUUUUUUAUGUACUAGACAAAUCUCUUAACAUUUCUUUUUGAGUUAAUGUCGAAUUAAUAGAAUUUGAAUUUGAAAAUUUCACACGACUUAAUACGUUGCAGCAUCUCCACAUGAAACGCUACUCGUUUCUAAUUCCAUUGAGCUGCGCCAUGUAGAAGCAGAGUGCAGUGGAGAAAAUGUUGUGAAAAGAAGAGGAAAUAAACUAGUAUUCGUGAUUGAAAAAAUUAAAUCGUGAUAAGGUGGGCGGCGGGGUGGGGCCGACGCGCCGCAUCGGUGUCUGGCGGUAGAUUUUCAGUACUAAAAAUAAGUGCUCGGGUCCCAUGGCUGUUCUUGUCCACUAAAUUAAAAGUUUGAUAAUCUCUUAUGCUAAAUUAUAAGUCUAACUAAAUGUGUAUUGUAAUAUUGAAAGACGAAAUUGAAUCGGAUAAAAGGAUCAAAUCAAUUAUUUUUUUUUGAGGGGAAAACAAACUAUCAUUAAUUAAUAUCGGAAACAACAAUAUUUGUGAGCCAAGUAGAAAAGUCUGACUUCUGAAUCAUGACAUCAUGUGCAGAACCGCUUUAUUUAUCUCAUGACGUAACGACGAAUAUGAAAAAAUUCCAAAAUAACAGUAUUACGAGCAUGAUUAAAAGCUUUCCAGAGAUGGUCAUAAAGCGAAUGUGGGAUCAAAUCAAUUAAUUGGACGGUCCUUUUUAAACGAGUAUUAUCCUAUGUUCAAUUUUUCUGCAUAGAAUUCGUAAAUGUAUAUUUUUGUCCCAUUAAGAAACCAUCAUUUUAAUCUUUGAAUAGAAAAACAGGCUGCGAGAACAUUUCAAUCGGCCACCGACUUAGUUUAUUUAAGUCGGAUUUUUUGCUAGAGUUAAUCCACCAAUAAUUGCCCAAAGAAAACGAUAUAAUCGUGAUUGGAUGUGAAGUCCACGUCAUAUUUUUCAUAUUGAAUUGUCACUUAUUUAUAGGAGAAUAAAGAUGAAGAAGAUAGAAAGAAAAGGAUAAAAGCGUUCUCUGUUCCUCUCCUUCUCCUACUCUGCAUAAAAAGAUAGCAUCAUAGAGAUAAGAACCAAAAGCGACUUACGUUAGACGACGAGGUUUAAUAGUUUCUGCAAUAGUUGUCGGAAAACUAGCCGGAGAGAUGCUGGAGUUGUUCCUGCUGGGGUGCACCGGAGUUGUGGUGUUCCUUCACGGAGCCAAUUUUUUCUUCCGAGCUCUGUAUUCGCGUUUCUCCGUCCGCCACAUCAGUUUCUUGGGAGCUGCUGGUUGGUAGAAGCGGUCCGGUUCUUUUCAGCGGAGCAGAGCCAAAUACCUAUCGUGAUAUUCAGUGAUCAGUUAAUUUAUAAAUCUAAUUAUAAAUUAGAUGAGGUUACCUUGCGGAUCACUCAUAUAUUCUAAUUGAACACUUGUACGAGUGUAUUGUACAGACAAUCGCAAAAAAAAUUGUGUAUAAGUUAAAUAGACGCCCAUAACAUCCAGUUGUAUAACCGAGUUACUUCACAAUUUUGGUAGAGUAAUAGAAAGAAUCGUUCAAUCAA